AUGGUGAUGGUGUACCGAUGGUUUAGUAGAACUGACCAGAACUUGCCGCCGUGUCCGGUCAGACCACUGCCUGUGGUUGGUCAUCUGUUGUCUCUGGACAAAGACCCCAGGGAACAGUACAAGAGAUGGAGGCAGAAGUGUGGGGACAUUUUCAGCCUGUAUCUUGGUGAAAAACUAAUGGUCGUUCUGAACGGAUAUGACGUCAUCCAUGAAGCUCUGGUUACCAGGGGAGAUGAAUUCUCGGACAGGCCCCGGAUGUUUGUUCACGAAGCAAGCGGAUCCAGCUACACAGACAAAGGUUUCGCCUUUCUCUCAGGGAACCUGUGGAGGGAGAACCGGGGGACGUCGAUGCGACUGUUGAAACAGCUCGGCAUGGGAAGGAACAUCAUGGCAGAGAAAAUACAAGAGGAGGUCAGUUCUUACCUCACAGCUUUAUCUCACCCGCAAGGACAACCGACUGACAUCAGGUACUUGACAUAUGCCAGCGUUUCAAAUGUCACGUGUUCAUUAAUAUUCGGCCACAGGUUUGAUUACGACGACGCAAAGUUUCAGCGACUAAUUAAUCUGAUGAGGGACGUUAUGUCUAACGUGCAGAUGAACUCACUUUUAAAUUUUGUUCCGUUGCUGAAGUUUGUUCCGGGGGAUUUUUUGAUGACAAAAAGAACUACAACCGCCCUACAUGAAAUAUCAGACUUUGUGAAGCCAUUUAUUGCCAAAUAUCACCAAAAUAAGUCCGGGCAUAGCGGCAAAACUUCAGAAAAUUUCAUCACAGCUUACUUCAAAGACAGAGAUUCUAAACACAACGGAGAAGAGUUUUCUGCUAUGGAUGACAAAAACUUAAUUAAAAUGUGCAAUGAGUUGUUUUUUGCAGGGACGGAAACGGUUGCCCAGACGCUUACGUGGUGUGUUGUGUACGUUGUUAACUACCCGGAUGUACAAGAAAAGAUCCACCGCGAGAUCAAGGAACAGAUCGGGGCUCUGCGCAUGCCAAACAUCCAGGACAAAACGAGGCUGCCUUAUCUAGCUGCCGUCAUCAAUGAGACGCUUCGACUUUCAAGUAUUUUACCUUUUGCCGUGCCACGCUCGUGCUCCACAGACACGGAAAUUUCCGGUUACAAAAUCCCCAAAGGUUCCUACAUUUGUCCAAACUUAUCCUCUGUUUUACAUGACGAAAAGAUCUGGGGCGAUAACGUUAUGACCUUUCACCCUGAGAGGUUCCUAGAGCAUGACGGGAGGCUGAAGAAGAUUGAAGAGUUCGUCCCAUUCUCCCUCGGCCCACGGAAUUGUCUGGGAGUCUCCCAGGCCAAAAUGGAACUGUUCCUCUUUCUCUCUGCAAUGUUUCAACGCUUUGAGUUCCGGUCACAUGACCCGGGCCAUAAACCUUCUAUGGUGAGUGUGCCGGGGUUCACCUCGUCUCCUUUACCUUUCAAGGUCAUUGUUACAAGUCGAAAUAUUUGA